AUGAAGCUAAGGAUGGGCCAGUGCCACGCCCGCACCUCUAGACUAGACACAUCUGAUCCAAACAUUUUAAAACAAAAAAUAGAUGCAGAUGAUGAGUUGUUUGCGAGGGUUGAUGUGCCAUCGAAUCUGCAGCCUGCAAUUUCUGAUGUUCAAAUGUGGCCAGAAAAUCGAAGGUCGCUGAGGAUAACAGUUCCUCAUCGGCAAGAAAAUCAAGCACUUCAGGCAACCUUCAUCCUCCAGAAACUAGGCACGAGAUUGGAGGAAGAAUCGUUUUGCAUAAUUGUCACCAACAACGCUAUCCCAUCAUAA